AUGACAUUGGACAUCUUGGAUUUGAAAGGUGUUUGGAACUCUUUCCCAAAAACGAGGCGUUUUGUGCACAAAUACACAGCGGCAUGUUUGAAUUGUGCAUAUGCGAAAGGUGCUCAAGGGCGAAGCGAACGAUUUCUCGAUCCUUACGAAAAGAAGGCGAUUCCGCUGGAUACAGUGCAUAUCGAUCAUAUAGGUCCCUAUGUCAAAAGUGUGAAACAAAAUAGUUAUUUGCUGGUAGUGGUAGAUGCGUUUACCAAAUAUAUGUGGGCGAAGCCUACUAAAACCUUGAGUUCUGCAGAAACCAUUGAGAAGCUAAGGUGGUUAUUUGGCGAAUUUGGGUACCCAAGGCGUAUAUUUGAUAGGGGAUUGGCGUUCACGAACAGGGCGUUUGCUAACUUUGUAGGUGACAGGGGCAUUAAGCACGUGGAGAAUGCUAUUGGAGCCUCUCAGGCGAAUGGUCAGGCAGAACGGGCGAACCUCACAAUAAUUGAAGCGUAUACGUGUGUUCUCUUAUCAAAUGUUAGGGACUAUAAGCGGUUUAGCGCUGUUAUUGCAGUAGAAGCCCUGAGACGUUAUCAAAGUGGUGCAAUUCAUGUAGGUGAUGAGUCUGAUGAUUCUUUGGGCGACUACGAUAGGGAUCAGUCUAGCCGACAGGUUCUGAUUGAUCUCUUAGAGAGUUAG